GAUAGUCGCCUAUAUGAUGAGAUCAUACAACAUACAUGUGAGAGCCUACAUACAAUAGCCGCACUGUCCGGCCCAUAUUCCACCGCAGUCACUGGAGCGCUGGCUGACUAUGUGACACCAUGGCGGCUGACCCUAAUGGAGUUGCUGUAAAUUAACCCCAUCCUUCCCAGAACUCUGCCCGCCACCGGAUACAUUGCACCUCAUACGACAGUCCAUGAACGCAGAGUGUAGGACAGACGUGUGCAUUUCCUCAUACAACAGUCCGUGAACGUAGAGCGCAGGUCAUACGUGUACACGUGUGUAUGUAUCCUCAUAUAAUGGGCCACCAGGUGCCGAGAUUCUUCUUCAGUCACAGUGAGCAUUCGUUAAAGAUGGAGUCACAUUUCUCUUCAGCAUCUAUCAGCAGUUUUCUGCUGUCCUAACAUUUAAAGGGCAUCUGUCAGCAUGUCUAUGCUGCUAGGUUCUAACCGCUCCAGCGCAUAAUGAGGAGUCGCUGUAUUCAUGAGCUCCUGCCUCUCCCCGCCCACUUGCUUCUUAUUGACUGUUUCCAUAUGAAUCAGCAGGUGGGCGGGACCGCCCCCUCUGCCUGUACUGUGUGUCCUGGACCGCCCCCUCUGCCUGUACUGUGUGUCCUGGACCGCCCCCUCUGCCUGCCCUGUGUGUCCUCCACCUCCAGUGUCGUACUCCGUAGUGGAACCCUAUAUGUUUAAGGGUAUUUGCAGAAUGUCAUUUUUUGAUCUAUAUGUAGCUGUAAUUCCUAUUAACAGGCUGGUAACAAGCACUUCACAUCAGUCAACACUAGAUGGUGCUGGUACGCCCCCUAUAAAAGGGACAGGCUGGUCACAGGACAUAGAGGAGUCUGGAGUAAGUGUUCAGUGAGGAGAGUGAGAGGGAAGUCCACCAUGUAACUACCACUCUGGUCCCCUUGGCAGUGGCCAGGCUGAGGGAGGUUGGAGGAGGAAUCGCCAGAAGCUUCCCAGCACAGACCAGUGGAGAGGUGGGUAUAGUGCAGUGAUGGCUAACCCUGGCAUUCCAGCUGUGCUAAAACUACAACUCCCAAGAUGCCCCCCUUGCUUGGCUGCUCUCAGAACUCUAUAGAAAUAAAUGGAGCAUGCUGGGAGUUGUAGUUUCACUACAGCUGGAGUGCCAAGGUUAGCCAUCACUGGUAUAGAGCAAGUGUAGUGGAUAUAGCAGCCUUCUCUAGCUUAUGGACGCCACAGCACCUAGUGACUGGGAGAAGCCUCAACCACCUGGACACAUCAUUACAACUAGUGUUUUACCGUGUUUCUCUAUGGAUCGUGAGGAACCAUUUCUGUUGGCAACCAGUACAGAGAAUGGGGCAGAAGUAGCAUGCCUGCCUUUAGGGAGAAGUGCCCUGUAGGUUUCAGAAAGGAAGAAAGAGACAUAGAGAAGACGAUAUUAUAUCAAGUGGACCAGUUACCUCAUAAGCACAAAGUAUAUUAGUGUCAUCAGCACAUGGAAGCCUGUUGGUUCCUCACCUGAGCCUGUGACCUGGAAUUAUUGCACAGGUAAGAGCAGAAGUGUACCUGAACACCUCCAUGAUAACUGAACUUGGAACUGACACCUCAAGGCAAGGGAUUCUUAGUAAAUGCUCCAUUUCUUUAUUCACAGGGACUCCUCUUCAGUUUACCACCUCAUUUACACUCAAGGGUGCUGGCGGCAUGAACCUCAUGGACCCUGCACCUAAAACCCAUACCACCAAGGGCACCUCAUCCAGCAGGAGAUCCCUCAACACCAGAGUGUGCCUUCCGUUCUGUCACUGCAUUCUGGCCCAGGGAGCUGCAGAAAUAUGACUUCUUCGGUGAAGGUAUACUACAGUCAGACCACGCAGACAGACAGCCGGCCUCUCAUAGGCUCAGGUCUGAGGAGGAGACGUGUCAUGACCAAGGAUGGACGCAGCAAUGUGCGCAUAGAUCACAUCACCGACAAGAGCUUCCUCUACCUCAAAGACCUGUGGACUACCUUCAUUGACAUGCAGUGGAGAUACAAGCUGCUCUUAUUCUCCGCCACCUUUGCAGGAACCUGGUUUAUUUUUGGGGUCAUCUGGUACUUGGUGGCCUUGGUCCACGGAGAUCUGUUGGAAUUUAAUACUCCCGCUAACCACACGCCUUGUGUCAUGCAGGUGCACACACUGACUGGAGCCUUCCUCUUCUCCCUGGAGUCGCAGACCACCAUUGGUUAUGGUUUUCGGUACAUCAGUGAGGAAUGCCCCUUGGCCAUUGUGCUGCUCAUCACUCAGCUGGUUCUCACCACAAUCCUAGAGAUUUUCAUCACUGGAACCUUCUUGGCAAAAAUUGCUCGUCCAAAGAAAAGGGCAGAAACCAUUAAAUUCAGUCAGAACGCUGUGGUGACGCAACAAGAAGGCAAAUUAUGUCUGAUGAUCCGAGUGGCCAACAUGCGCAGAAGCCUACUGAUUGGAUGUCAAGUGACUGGAAAGCUUCUCCAGACGCAGGUCACCAAGGAGGGUGAUAACGUUCAUCUCAAUCAGAUCAAUGUGGACUUCCAGGUGGACACAUCCUCUGACAGUCCCUUCCUGAUCCUACCGCUCAUCUUCUAUCAUGUGGUGGAUGAGUCAAGUCCGCUCCGAGAUGUUGCCAUCCGCUCUGGAGAAGGAGACUUUGAGCUGGUGGUCAUUCUUAGUGGUACAGUGGAGCCCACGAGUGCCACAUGCCAGGUGCGCACCUCUUACCUUCCAGAGGAGAUCCUGUGGGGUUAUGAGUUCAGCCCCAUCAUUUCGCUAUCCUCUAGCGGUAAAUAUGUGGCUGACUUCAGCCUGUUUGAUAACGUCCUUAAAGUAUCUCCUCCAUGUUGCUUCCAUGAGACUGUCCGCUUUGGAGACCCAGAGAAACUCAAGCUGGAAGAAUCAUUCAGGGAUAAAUCGGAGAAGGAUGGAAGUCCUCUAAGUGUCCGCAUCAGUAAUGUCUAGAAGAUUAGAGGAGCGCUCUUGUCAAGUAGAGACUCAUCGCCGUGCAUUGCCUUAUAUUUUAAUACCUUCUAGGAACUGAUAGAUAAACCCACCAAGUGAAUGUUUCUGCAGGACCAGACAAUGACCAGAACUGGUGCUGGAGUCCAGGAGCAGAUCUAGUGUUAAGCAGCAGGUCCACUCUGGGUGGAGGCUCUCCGCUGUCUCUCAAUCAGAUCCUGCUCCUAUACAGGAGAGUGUAGAUGUGACGCACCCUCAAUCACGUUCUGGUGGAAGUUCAGAUCCAGGCAGAGGACCUCUAACACGAGCUAAAGAUGGACUCCAGCAGGACCCGGGACACUAGAGAACCUAUAGACUUGUAGACAGACAGGACACAGGAUCCUGUGUGUUGUACUAACCCGCACUUUAUCCAUGAAUGUACGUGUCCCUGCUGAUGGAAGGGACACACCUACAGUUAGGAGAAUAAACCUAUUAAU